GACAACGACGUAAUAUCAACAACUUUCCAGCUAAUGAGUUAAAUGCCAGUCGUUUCGACUUGAAUUUCAGCCCUUUUAAGCAGUUUUUUGCCGAUCUACUCAACAAAAAUGGUCGUUGAUGGGAAAAAUGAUCUCAACCGAGUCGGAUGGUUUAGCGAGAUGGGUUAUAUCUCGAUCGGGGACUCGUAUAAAGUCAAAAACAAUGCAUUCAAUGCAGCAGCGCACAAAGGAAAGCAAAUGCUUCCAGGAGGAAGCAAGACAAGAUCAGCCAGACAAGAUGGUUACUUUGACAAACAGUUCAUGAGAAUCAUGGAAGCAGAGUCAUACAGCGAUCCUGUGAAGAGACGAAGACAGGAAAGACUGAAGCAAUCAAGCUUAAACCUUGGUCAUGCUUUCGUCCCAAGCAGUGGAGAAAAAUUAGCGUCUGGUGCUGGUAGCCAUUAUGGGACAUUUUCCGGGCCAGUUGAGGCGUUCAGUCCGGAAAACAAAGGCAAGAAAGGAUAUAAAUCACCUGGAAGAAAUUUCACCACUAAUCCACCCAAAAAAGGAACAGGGUAUGGUUACCUUGGCGUAACCAUCGGACAGACACCAAAGUACAUGACUGACCCUUACGAGAGAGCAAAAGAAAUUAGAAAGGGCGACCACGAGAAGAGCAUCAAGGUUCGAAAAGGAGGCGCAUUCCGAUUAAAUCUUCAUCCUAGAACCUACUUCGACGGCAAUCCAUACAAAUCUGAUAAACCUCUGCCACCGUUGAAAGAAGGCAAAACAAGACCGCCCAUAGCAAAACCUUUCAAGCAAAGUUCACCAGGAAAAGAGAUUGGCGGUUGCAAAGCAGGUUGCUUCGAGUCGUAUCCUUCGCACUCUGACGAUCCUUAUCAACCAAAGAAAGCCGCGUCUGACGCCUCGCAAGCGAAGAAGAUUUUCAGACCUACACAAGGUCCCAAAUCAACUCCAUUCUCCUCUGUUAUCGCACAAAAUGUUGACAGGAGGAUAAACGUUACGAAUUUCCGCCAAGCUGGUCUGGUUAAGACGUAAUCAAUAAACCGUUUUGAUAAACGCGACCAUAUAUAUGAUAGACUACCCUGUUAAUGGUAAAUAUAUAAAACCAAUCAAUUCUGAGUGAAUUUUUGUGAAUCGUUAUUUUAUAAUAAAGGGUUUG